AUGGCGCCCCCUACAGUCCAACGACAAAUAAAAAUCACAACCACCCAGGAGGUGCUAGACGACGUGCCUCCGCAGCAGGAAGGAUUUCCCAUGCGAAAGUGGGCCAUCGAGAUCUCGAUGCUCAACGACAAAGGUGAGGAGGUGCCCGCCACGAUGUUCGAUGAGGUUAUCUACCAGCUGCACCCCACGUUCGUCAACCCCAACCGAACGUUCAAGAAGCCUCCGUUUCGAAUCGAGGAGCAAGGAUGGGGAGAGUUCGAUCUCAAGAUUGUGUUCGUGCCAGCUGACAAGGGCCCCAAGCAGUCGGUCACUCACGACCUCAACUUCCAAAAGUCCAAGUACGAGGUGAUUCACAACCUAAAGUUCCCUACCAAUCGGCCUGGUCUGGCCAAGCUGUUGGCCGAAACGGGCCCCGUGCCUGGAUACUCUGCGCAGGCGGCCUCUCCGGCACCAGACAAGCGACGGGCCGAGGAGGACGACUCCAAGCUCAAGAAGAAGAGCAAAGUGCUGGAAAAGUCCAGCGUGGACCUGGAGCGGCUUGCUGCCGGCCUCCAGAGACUCAAGGAGGACGAUCUCAUCCGAGUGCUGCAGAUGGUCACGGACAACAAGACUUCUGACAUGGCCAUCAACAACAACGUCGACGAGGGUGAAUUCCACAUGGACCUGUUCACCUUCCCCGACAAUCUGCUCAAGAGUCUGUGGGAUUUCACAAAGCGACGAUUCCCCGAUGUUUAA